AUCCCAAAAGAUCAAAAAGCCAAAAACCUCUCUCUCUUUUUUUCCCCUCAUACCCAGAUGGAGAUGGACAUGGAGAUGGAGAGAGAAAACCCCAGUUAGAUAACUGCAAAAUACUCGACAUAAAUUGGCCCCAAAACGAGUAAAAAGCAGUCAGAUCAAGAAACUGUUCACCCCUCGAUCGUCUGUUAAUUGAUUGAUUGUGAAAUGCACAGAUUCUGGUCGGAAAAUUUUGCUAAAUUCGUCAAGGAGACAGGUAUAAAGUAUCUGGAAGUUUCCACAAGUGUAUGUGGAGUGUAGCAGUCGUUAACACCUCUAAUACUCAUCCGGCAUAAGAUGGCUUCUGCCAGUCUAGGACAUGGGGGAGUUGGCAGCUCCAGGACUGUUGGUGGCUUUAAUGAAUCAUCUAGUUCAGUUGACUGGCUGGGGAGGGAGAUGCUUGAGAUGCGACUUAGGGACAAAGUGGACCAUGAUGAUGAAAGAGUGAGCGAUAGUGAACCAGAGAUAGUACAUGGUGUGGGCGCUGAAGCAGGGCAUGUGAUAAGAACAACGGUUGGUGGUCGUAAUGGUCAGUCUAAACAGACUGUCAGUUAUAUAGCCGAGCAUGUGAUUGGAACUGGUUCUUUUGGUGUUGUUUUCCAAGCUAAAUGCAGAGAGACGGGAGAGAUUGUUGCCAUCAAGAAAGUUCUUCAAGACAAGCGUUAUAAGAACAGGGAGCUACAAAUUAUGCAAAUGCUGGACCACCCUAACGUUGUGGCCCUGAAACAUUCUUUCUUUUCAACCACUGAUAAAGAUGAGCUAUACCUCAAUCUUGUUCUUGAUUUUGUUCCUGAAACGGUUAGCCGUAGUGCUCGACAUUACACUAGGAUGAACCAACGAAUGCCCUUGAUAUAUGUCAAGCUGUAUACCUAUCAGAUAUGCAGAGCACUGGCUUAUAUUCAUAACUGCAUUGGCAUUUGUCACCGUGACAUCAAGCCCCAGAAUUUGCUAGUGAACCCACACACACACCAGCUGAAACUUUGCGACUUUGGAAGUGCUAAAGUUCUGGUGAAAGGAGAGCCCAAUAUUUCCUACAUCUGUUCAAGAUAUUAUCGUGCCCCAGAGCUCAUAUUUGGUGCAACAGAAUAUACAGCAGCUAUAGAUAUUUGGUCAACAGGUUGUGUGAUGGCCGAACUACUACUUGGACAGCCAUUGUUUCCCGGAGAAAGUGGUGUUGAUCAGCUAGUUGAGAUCAUCAAGGUUCUGGGAACACCUACUCGAGAGGAGAUAAAAUGCAUGAAUCCGAACUAUACUGAAUUUAGAUUUCCACAAAUAAAGCCUCAUCCAUGGCACAAGGUGUUCCAGAAGCGUUUACCUCCAGAAGCGGUAGACUUGGUUUGUAGGUUUUUCCAGUAUUCGCCCAAUUUGCGAUGCACUGCUUUGGAAGCUUGUGUUCAUCCUUUCUUUGAUGAAUUGAGGGAUCCAAGCACCCGUCUUCCUAACGGUCGCCCACUCCCGCCACUCUUCAAUUUUAAACCUCAAGAGCUUGCAGGCAUCCCUGGUGAGACUGUGCAAAGGCUAAUACCAGAGCAUGCAAGAAAGCAGAACUUAUUUAUGGCUUUGAACACCCAAUGAGUUUUGGUUUUUAUUACUUGUUUCUGUGUUGGUAAUUGGUAAUUGGUAAUUAGUAGUAUUAUAUAUAUAAGAGAGUUUGGUUGCAUGUGGAAAUGUGGUGGAGAGGAAGAUGGUUAUAUAUUGUAAUUCCUUUUGCUUUCCACCCCAAGAGAGACUUGAGCUUGGAUUGUGGGAAGUUUUUUAUGAUUCUAAUGAAUAUAUUUGUUUAUUUG